AUGCGCUUUUCGACCCCCCUCGUUGCUGGCCUAAUGGCUGUGAGCCCUGCCGCGGCUGCACCCAAGCCUAGCCAUGGCGAUAAGGAAUUGUACAAGAAUGUCAAGCCCGUCAAGCAACUUGACCUCGGUCCUCGACCUUACUACCUUGUCAAUGACAUGGAUGAGGGUUCUCUGAAGAAGAAGCUCCAGUCGUGCUCAGAGAAGCCCCAGAAGCCUUCAUUGUGGUCAAUUGCUCACCGUGGUGGUGCUACUCUCCAGUUUCCUGAGCACUCUCUCGAGAACAACCUCGCUGGAGCUCGAAUGGGUGCCGGAGUCCUCGAGUGUGAUGUUGCUUUCACCAAGGAUCGCGAACUGGUGUGCCGACACUCCCAGUGUGAUCUUCACUACACGACCAACAUCGUCACGAUCCCCGAGCUCAACAAGAAGUGCACUCAGCCCUUCAAGGCUGCCAAGGAUGGCAAGCCUGCAUCCGCAAAGUGCUGCACCAGCGACAUCACCCUUAAGGAGUACAAGACUCUGUGCGCCAAGAUGGAGGGCUUCAAUGCCACAGCUACCAACGCUGCCGACUUCCUCAAGGGCACCCCCGGCUGGCGAACUGAUCUGUACUCUACCUGCGGCACUGUCAUGACCAACAAGGAGCACAUUCAGCUUACCAAGCGACUCGGUCUGAAGCAUACUCCUGAGCUCAAGACACCCGAGGUUAAGAUGCCUUUUGAUGGCGACUACACUCAAGAGAAGUACGCUCAGCAGCUCAUCGACGAGCAUAAGGAGGCUGGUGUUAAGGCAAGCGACGUCUACCUCCAGAGCUUCCUGUAUGAUGAUAUCCUGUACUGGCUCGAGGCUGAGCCAGAGUACGCUCGCCAGGCUAUGUACCUCGACGAGACGGGCGACUCACCUGAGACCUUCCCAGCUGCUGUUGCCAACCUCACUCGUUAUGCUAAGGAUGGAGUGAAGUACAUUGCCCCUCCUCUGCCUUACCUCGUCCAGCCCGGAAAGGGAGGCAAAAUUGUACCCAGCCCGUACGCGAAGAAGGCCAAGGAGUUGGGUCUCAAGAUCGUCACCUGGAGUCUGGAGCGAUCUCCUCCUCUGAAGCAGGCUGCUGCCAACGGCGACUACUACUACUCUACCAUUGCUAAGAUCGUGAACAACGACGGUGAUGUUUUCAAGCUGUUGGAUGUGUUCCGUGAGAUUGGCGUUGUUGGCGUUUUCUCUGAUUGGAGCGCUACAGUUACAUACUAUGCCAACUGCUUCGGUAUUGGACUGUAG